AGUCUGCGUCGGUUGGUCUCUCGCGUCACACGCAUCAGGUGGCUACUCAACGCUACGUACAAACGUCAACAGAAUACGUCUUCGCUUGAUCAUCCGUUCUUGAGAGAAUACCAGAAGAGAAAGGAGAAGAAAGAGGGAAGGUGAUCAGUGGUUGGAGAGAUGAGGAAGAAGUAGGAAAAGAAGAAGAAGAAGAAGAAGGAGAAGAAGAAUUGCAGAUAAGUAGCAGAGAAAAUAGUGAGAAGUAUAUCAAUUAAGGAAGGAAGAUCAGGAAAAUAAAAAUAAUAAGAAGUAGAAAAAUAAAAGAAUUAGGUAAGUAAUAGAACAACUUGAAGAAGUGAAGAAGAUAAAAUAGAAUAUAGAACGAGAACUGAGGAUUACAGCACGAAAAAAGUGGGAAACUGAAGCAGAAGUAGAAGAGAAAGAACGUGAAGACAAGGGAGAAGAAGUAGAAAAGAAAACCCUACAGAACUCAGAGCAGAAGAGAGAACGAGAAAUAGUAGAGGAACAAAAUCUUGAAGAAGAGGAGAGAAGAAGAACGAGAAGAAGACGCAUAGAAGUGGAAGAGGGUGAGGAAGAAGAAUAAUAUCGCGAAAGAGGAACGAUAUCUUGAAGAAGAGGAAGAAGAAGAACGUGAGGAAGUAGGAGACUGAGGAGUGCAAGAACGUGAAGAAGUAGUAGUAGUAGAAGAAGAAAAAGAAGAAGAAGAAGAAGAAGAAGAAGAAGAAGAAGUAGGAGAAGAAGACCGCAAAGAAGAAUAUUGUAGAGGAACAAGACAGUAUAACAAGACCGCGAAGAAGUAGUGAAAGAAGAAGAAGAAAACAGCGAAGUAGUUGAAGAAGAAGUGGAAGAAGAAGUAGGAGACAGUCAAGAAGUUGAAGAAGAAGAGGAACAUCAACCAGCCUCUCUCUCGCUCACCCGAUCUCCGUCUCUCUCACCGGCGAGACUCAAUUCUUGAGCCAAGCUUCAGACAGUUUGAGCGUUCAGUAUUCAGCUGAAGCUGCCAGUGAACAGUUCUCUCCAACCUGUGUCAGUACCUCCAGUACCUCAUAACGUCCAGUACCUCCGCGUCUAAGUAACCGGUAUCUCCAAUACGAAUUGCGUCGAUCGCAAAACAAGUUUCAAAAUGGCAACUUGCAAAUCGGUGCUCUCUCUCCUGGUGCUCUUUGUUGCCGCUGUAUCUGCUGCUUCAGAGGAACGCAAGGCGAUCGCAGUGCUGAAGGGUGAUGCGGGAGUGACGGGAAACGUGACUUUCACGCAGGUCGACGACGGACCUGUCACGGUGACGGGAAUCGUGACGGGACUCUCCAAGGGGAACCACGGCUUCCACAUCCACGAGAAGGGGGACAUCAGUAUGGGAUGCACCUCCACUAAGGGACACUUCAAUCCUGAAGGCGUGAGUAUAACCAUAGAGAAACAAUAG